GUCUCUUCAAUUGCCAAACGCCGUAAAUCUGAAAAAGUAAAACCACGUGAUUAUCUGCAGCUCUUGAUCGAAGCCCAGGACAGGGGUAACGGCGCCCAACCCUCCGGUCCCGACACUGACGACAAACUCGACACAAAUGCCGAACAGAUAUUCGCGGAAACGGGUGGUCAGGCGCUGACCGGCCAUAAGACGAGUCAUCCAAUCAUAUCGGACGACGAUUUUGUCACAAACUCAAUGAUAUUCCUGACGGCGGGCUUUGACACGACCUCAUCGUUGCUGUCGUUCCUGUGCUAUGAGUUGGCCAUCAAUGAGUUGUGUCAACAGAGGCUAUACGAAGAGAUCAAUAAGUUUUCCGAUGACAUUAACUACGAGACAAUCUCUCAAAUGCCGUAUUUGGAGGCCUGUGUGGCCGAAACACUACGGCUUUAUAACCCCAUCACUACUGUUGGCCGCAUUGCCGACGAAGAGUAUACAGUGGGCGAUACAGGGCUGACAAUACCAGUUGGUAUGUUUGUGGCCUUUGACUUACAUGUGCUGCACCACAGCCCGGAAUACUACCCUGACCCGAUGCGUUGGGACCCUGAGCGUUUUCUGCCGGAAAAUCGUCAUAAAUUAGUGCCCAAAACAUAUAUGCCGUUCGGAACGGGACCCCGAAAUUGUGUGGGAAUGCGGUUCGCGCUGAUGGAGGCCAAGACAGCUAUUGUGCAGUUGAUCCGGCGGUUCCAAUUCCGGCGCUCUGUCAACACUACUAUUCCCCUGAAAUUCAAAAAAUUCAACUUUAUUUUAGACGCGGAAAAGGAUAUCAAAAUUGAAAUGCAAAUUAGAGAUUAGAAUAAGUUUUAUAAUAAGUAACAAUAAAACUAGUAAAUAAU